CCCAACGCAAACUGAAGGGGUAACAAGGCGCUACUCUGAACUAGCAAUUACCAUACGCAAUCAACCACUGAAUUGUCACAGUAAUAUCCACGUUUCCAAAAGCAUAAACCCGACAUGCAGACCCAUGUUCGUGCCUCGGUUUGACCGAUUUUGUACCCUCUCUCUGUCUGUCCUUGUCUUUCAUUCACAUGUUCUUCUUUGUCUACUUCCUUAUCCUUUUCUCAUAUUACUCGCAUCCCUUCAUUGUGUUUCACUCUUCUCCUUUCUCUCUUAAAACUUCACUUUCUUCUCCCUCAGCUCAAUGCUGCUUCAGAUUUCUGGAGGGUAAUCAAGUGAAAUUAUGUAAUUGGUAUGAAAUAUUCAUGUGAUUGUCAUAUACUCUCAACUAUCUUUAAUGAAGUCUCCGCUCCCAACUAUGAUUAUUUCAUAUACAAAAACUUGAGGCUUUAGUUAAGAAGACUGAAUUCACUAUGGCUGGAACCAUCGACUUGUUGGUGAGAUGCACUCUUUUGAACACAUUUUAUUAUAGACCGAAAUUUAUUAAAAGUAGCACAAUUUUGUGGACUCAUUUUAUUCCGUAGUUUUUAAAAUUUGAAUUAGAAAGGGAGGUAGAAAGAGUGUGCUAAAGUAAAUAAUGUUUUGCUAGUACUCAUGCUUACACGAUGCUGCGAUUUUGGUGGCAUUGAGGGUUUGAGUCUCUAAUUUGUGUUUUUGUAUUUGAUAAUGUACAUACAGGAUAGGGGUAUCUAUUGAGAUUUGUAAUUAGGGUAACGUGGCUAUUGGACUAUGGGGGGUGAGACGGUGAAUGGGACAUGGCUCAGUGCAUUGUGGCCAAUCUCACGCAAGAGUGUAUCAGAUGGCAAGGAUGUGAUUGGAAUUUUGGCAUUUGAAGUUACGGGUUUGAUGUCUAAGGUGGCUAAUUUAUGGCAUUCUUUGAGUGACAGGGAGGUAAUGAAAACGAGGGAAUGGAUAGUGAAGUCGGUUGGGGUCCAAAUGCUAGUGUCUGAUGAUCAUUGUUUCUUGAUGGAACUAGCACUGAGUGAGAUUCUCAAUAACUUUGAGUCUCUAGCAUGGUCUGUGGCCAGGUUGAGUAAGAGGUGCAGGGAUCCAGUGUAUCGUGGUUAUGAACAUUUUGUCCUCAACCCUGCUCAACAUUAUGUUCAAUGGUGUGGGUGGGAAUAUGCAUGGAAAAAGAUGGAGAGGAGGGUGAAGAAAAUGGAAAGAUUUGUUGCUGCUAUGUCACUGCUGUCCCAAGAGCUUGAGGUACUGGCUGAGAGAGAACAAACUUUCAGGAGAAUGAAGGCGAAUCGCGAGGUUCAUGGUGUGAAAUUGCUUGAGUUUCACAAGAGGGUCAUGUGGCAGCGCCAGCAAGUGAAGAAUCUGAGAGACAUGUCUCCUUGGAACAGAAGUUAUGACUACAUUGUCCGGUUAUUGGCAAGAUCAUUGUUCACAAUUCUGGAGAGAAUCAUUCUUGUUUUUGGAAAUAGUCACGUACCACCAAUUGAAAACCAACAAAAUGAUUCUCCCCCUGUGAACACUAAUAACAACCAUCUCACUCGCAGUCAUUCCUUCUCUACUCUCAUGCAUUCUUCAUUUAAUCCUUUCAAGACUAAUUCACAUGGAUUCUGUUCAGAACCUGUUGAGUGCAAACCAAAGUUAAACUCAGGGUUUGUACUUGACAAGACCAAGAGCAAGAGAAAGAAGAAAGAGCAACAAGUGCUUCAUUCAGAAAGCAAGCAUUGCAAACCUGUUGGUCCAUUAAAAGGAUGCAUAUCAGUUGGAAACAAUUCUCCUAUUGUACUACAAACUUGUGUGCCAACUAGUGGUGGCUCCAUGAGGGUGGUUGAUUGUCAUGUGAAGAACAUUGAUAACAUGAAACCAAUGGAUAAAUUAUCCCUCAUAUGGAGAACUAGAAUUUAUUUCAAACUAUCUGUAAAGGGUCGGUUAAAGGCAGGUCCAUCUACCCUUGGUGGUGCAGCUUUAGCUCUACAUUAUGCAAAUGUGGUAGUACUAAUAGAGAAGAUGGUGUCAUCACCUCACCUCAUUGAUCUUAAAACAAGGGAUGAGUUGUACAACAUGUUACCAACAAACAUGAGAACCGCUCUGAGGGGUAAGCUUAAGUGGUACGCCAAGAGCAAGCGUGCCACAGUCCAUGAAGCUAGCCUUGCAGUGGAAUGGAGCAUGAUGCUCUCACAUAUAUUGGAGUGGUUGGCUCCACUUGCACACAACAUGAUAAAGUGGCAUUCUGUGAGGAAUUUUGAGAGGGAGCAAUCAUCUUCCAAAGCAAAUGUUUUGCUUGUGCAGACUCUUUACUUUGCAAACCAAGCAAAAGCUGAAGCUGCAAUGGUUGAACUCCUUGUUGGUCUCCACUAUGUGUGUAGGAUUGAUAGAGAGGCUUGCAUGAGAGAGGCACACGAGUUUUCAGGGUCUAGAUCUUCUAACGGUGUUCGUUUGAGAAAGAAUGAGUUGUACAAUAAAUAUUUAUAGGCUACGUGAAUGUCACCAAUGAUGUACAGUUAUCAUUUUCUAAUGUAGCCUUUUCCAAGUAGUCCCUUGAUACUGUUGAUGUUAAUACGCUGGGAAUCACAUCACGCUGAUUCUGAGCUUUGGUUAAUUGAUUUUGCAUAUUAGAAAUAUUGGUUGGUUUUGUUCAA